AGAAUAUCCAUGGCCCGCCUCAGUUUCCUGACUAUGUGACGUCUGAGUGGGGGAAAGGAGGGGGCCACUGAGAUCCCCUCGCUAUCUGUUGUUGAGGCUGAAGCUACUUCUACGCCUCCCACUUUAUUUUCCCAGUAGUCAACAGGAAGACUGGAGGCCAGAAAGAGUGGUCGCAGACUGCAGGAGAGGAAGGCGCUCCAGGGUCCAGCUGCAAGGUCAGUACAAAGGGAAAACAGCAAAGGCAAAGGAAUGAACAACAGCCAGAAAGACGCGAAGAAAGUCCAGACAGUUUAUCUACAAAACUUGGAAAGACUUAACAAGGGGGUAAAGCCUGAGAAAAAGAGCUGGAACCCCAAAGAAGGAGAUUUCGCUGUGCAAACAGCAAUGGAAAAGCUGCGUCCUUCUUCCAUAGCUGGACAAGUCGCCAAAAGCUCAGCUCACAGAAUCAGCAGAGAUCUGACUUGCUCCAUAUGCCUGGAUCUCUUCAAGCAGCCUGUUUUCCUGCCCUGCGACCACACGUUCUGUCAGGGCUGCAUUGAGGGUUACUGGACAGGGCCAAGGGGCUCCGGGCAGGGCGGCACGGGCUCCUGCCCUCAGUGCAGAAAGGUGUACCCCGGAAAGAGCUACCGACCCAACCGCAUCGUGGCCAACAUCGUGGAGAGUUACUGCCACGGUCUGGAGGAGAGCGGGAGUGGGGGAUGCCUGGCAGACGCAGGGUGCGCUGAGAGGGCUCCUGCUCCCGUCCCACGCUGCAGCAGGCACAGAGAGGAGGUGAAGCUGUACUGCGAGGAGGACCAGGAGCUGGUGUGCUUGGUGUGCGGCGUGUCCCAAGAACACAGAAAUCACACCAUGACAUGUGUUCAGGAGGCUGAACAGAAAUACAGGGGAUUCCUUAACAGCUCCAUGGAUUCCUUAAAAGCUGAGCUCAACACAGCGCUGCAGUGUGACAGGGAGGCUGAAGAUGAAGUGAAAAAGCUGAAGGAGCACACUGCUGACCUGAAGCAGCGCAUCGAGGCCCAGUUCAGCGACCUGCACCAGUUCCUGUACCAGGAGGAGAAGCUGCUACAGGUGAAGCUGAAGACGGAGGAGCGCAGGGAACUGAUCCGCCUGGACGAGCACAAGGCCCUGCUGUGCGUGGAAAUCUCCCGUCUGCAGAGGGCCGUCCAUGAGAUAGAGGACAAGCUCAAAGAGCAGGACCCAUUCACUCUGCUCCGGAGCAUCAAAGUCCUGCUCCAGAGGCCUUCUUUCAAGUUUGAGAAACCAACUUUUACACCACCAAGUCUAUGCGAGGGCCGCUUUGCGGGGCCUCUGCAGUACAGAGUCUGGAAAUCUAUGAAGGGCAGCCUUUAUCCAGUUCCAGCAGCCAUCACGUUUAACUCCAGUACCGCCAACCCGUGGCUUAGCCUCAGCUCCUCCCUCACCUGCGUCCGCUACCAGACCUUCAACCCCACCAUGAAGGACAACCCCAACCGCUUCAACGCCGCCCUGUCGCUGCUCGCAAGUCAGGGCUUCACCCACGGGCGACACUACUGGGAGAUUGAGGUCUACAGCAGCACUGUGUGGACGGUGGGGGUAGCCCGGGAGUCGGUUCCCAGAAAAGGAGUCAUCAAGGCCCUCCCAGCCAACGGCUUCUGGACUCUCACCCUCUCGUACGGUGUUAGGUACAUGGCCGGCACGUCCCCUCCCACUGUCCUGUCCCUGGAGGAGCCGCUGGCCCGGAUCGGUGUGUACCUGGACUACAAGCGGGGCCUGGUGUCCUUUUACAACGCAGAGAGCAUGACCCACCUGUACACCUUCAGGGAGACCUUCACUGAGACUCUGUACCCGUACUUUAACCUCGGCUUCCUUGACAAAGUGCAUGAAAAUGAGCCUCUCAAAGUCUUCUUACCAAAGAUCUAAAGACAGAAAUAGGGGGUAGCAAAUAAACAUGUCUGAAGUUAACCAAUGAGACUCACAGCAAUGUGCAAAAGUCACGAGUCACACCUCAUUUAUUUAUACUUUGCGUCCAGGAAGAUCAACUUUCUUGGAAACUUUUCAAGUGGUGCCUACGUUUCUCAAGGCUUUGAUCCAGUUUCUUUCAUUGAAUGAAUAAGGAAUAACAAAAUAAUAACAGUCUAAAUGUAUAAAAUAGUAUUGUAGCAUCAACAAGGUGAUCCCAUGGGAGAUAUUUGCUAAAGUAUAAAAUGUGCCUAGAAUUGAUAAUCAACCGAAGAGCGACGCACCUCAAACUGCUGAGAUUUGUUUCCAGAUUCAAAAACUUUAGAUUCUGUUAUUUUUUUUUUAGGUCUGCCUCUUUGACAGCAAAUAUCACCCAAUUUGCUGACGUCAUAAGGUAAAUUUACCUUGACAGAAAAUUAGACAAUGAAUGGCGGUUUGAAAGAUAAAAACAUCUGGCUCCUUCGAGGAAAAAAAGCCCUCAAAUCAAGUGUGGUUUAAAACUUUUGCACAAUGUCAUACAAGCAAAACGAUUUGUUUAAAAGUUUGUACAUCAUCAGUUUCCAUUAUGUAUACCUAAUUUAGCACUAUCCUGUAUCAUGAGCAGCAUUUCCUAAAACAUACGGUUGAGUUUGUGGAAUAUUUGUCUGCUGAAUGUUUUAUUUCUGAGAAGCAUGCUUCAAUGAAGAACUCCAUUCUGUGUAUAUUCACCUGACUGAGAAGAGAUAAAGGACUCUCCUACUCAUUUGUACAUUUGUAUUCUAAUUUUUAACAAAUAUAAGUUGAAGUUUAACCUUUUGCCACUACAAUCGUAUAUUUUCACUCACAUGGCUGGCUUGAUGAUUUGAAAGUAUGCACUGUGAAGCAGUUCCACUUUUAAUUGGUGCAAUAAGUAUAACUUGGCAGGAAAAAAAAGUUAAUGUAAAAAGAUCUCAAACAGCAACUACUUUGGGAGCUUUAACCCUGCUUUUCUUUUUUUCUCUUUGCCUAUGAAGUUAACUCAGGUUUAAUUUUCUUUUUAAUGAUGUUUUGUAUUUUUACUCUCUGUACAUAUUAUCAUAGUUAUAGAUCUAAAGUAAUACAAAUAAAUGUGAUUUAAAACGGA